AUGUAUAAUAAUAAUUCAACAAUGCCCGGAUUAUUGAAAAAUGAAUCAAUUCAAGAACAAAGUACAACAGAAAUUAAAUAUGUCACAGACUCAAAUUUUAUGAAUUCAAAGAUUAAUAAUAGGUCCAAAGUAGUACCAGAAAAUUUAAAAUUAAAUGGCACUACACCAAGUGGAUUACGAAGAUUAUUCGUUUGUAAUGUUUGCAUCAGAGCUUUCUCGAGGCAAGAACAUUUAACAAGACAUGAAAGAUCUCAUACAAAUGAAAGACCCUACGAAUGUGGGAUGUGUGAUAGAAAUUUCACAAGACGUGAUUUAUUAUUACGACAUACUUUAAAAGUUCACAACGGUAACAUGGGUGAAAAUAUUUUAAAAACUAGACGUAGGUCAAGGAAAAAAUCUCUCUCAAUAAGACCAAGGGAAAAUAGUGUUGGAAGUAACUCUGCAAAUAAUAGUAAUAAUAAUACUGAUAAUAGAGGUGGUAGUAGUAGUAUUAGUACACCAAGAGAUAAUAAGAGUGCUCCUAUAAUUAAGAAUAGAAGGCAUAGUACAGGUGUUGUCUCUAAAAGAGUCAUUAGUAAUAGCAACACUAAUAAUAAUAAUACUGAUUGUAAUAAAAAGAAUGAACCCAUACCUAAGCAAGGAACCAAUUCAGUUUUUACAAUAAAUAAUGCAAUUAUUAUUCCUUCUUUACUUUCGUCAAAAUCAUCUAUUUCACCUAUAUUCACUAGUGAUAUUAGUCCGUUUGUGCCAACACCACUGUCUACUAUCUCUGACAUGAAUAACAAUAGUAAUAGUAAUAGUAAUAGUAAUGAUAAUGAUAAUGAUAAUGAUAACGAUAAGAUCUCAACUGAUACGAAUUUUAAAAAACCAAAACAGUCAGUAAAUAAUAUCCAAAAUAAAAACUUAACUCAAUCAGAUAGAUGCUCUACAAAAAAAUUUCAAAUAAAUACACAUGGUAAUAAUAACCUUAGAUCUUUAUAUUCAGGUUCAAAAAGACGUGCUUCUUUUAGUGCACAAUCCGCAGAAAAUUAUGUUUCAUCUUUAUGUCAUUCAAAUGAAUUAUCAUCAUUAGAUAAGAUCCAAUUUGCAACGCCAGACUUAGUUCCACUAGAUUUUCAUAAUCUCUUUGAUUUGGAGGAUAUUAAUCAGAUAAAACUUGAUGAAGUAGAUAUAUGCCAAAACAACAACUGUUCUUCGUCUAUAGAAAAUGGCAGUUUUGAGUCAGGAAGUAAUUGCAGUAAACAAUGUUCAAUUAAAUUGAAUCAGGUAUUGGAAAAUGUUUCAUUAGAUUUUACUUUAGAUGAUUUAAAACCAUUGAAUAUAAAACAGUUCAAUGUGGGUGGUAUGUUGGAGAAACCAGAUAACUCGAAAUAUGGAGAAAACUAUAGGUUUAAUUUUAAUUCCAACAACAAUACUAACACUGAUAAGCAUGGAAAUGUCAACUCUGAUAUUGACUCAUCAAAACAAUUUAAAACAUUAGACUUUGAUACUCUUUCUACAACUGAAACGCCAAUGAGUUGGGGGCAAGGGUUGGGGGUUUCAGAAACAGAAAAAAAUAUAUCUGGGUUGCAAUACUCAAAUACAAUAUCAUUUAAUACGUUAUCUAUGUCACCUUUACAUGAAUAUGGAAACAGUGGUUUUACUGAUGGGAUUCUAGAUAGCCACAAUAAUGACAGAUCAUCAGUAAAUAAUGCAGUGGAAAAAGUUACAUUUAAUUCAGCAUUCUUUCAAUCAACAAUUGAGAUUCCAUCAUUAUUUGAUCAUAUUUAUAAUAAUCAUCAGUUACGUCCUUCGGAAAAUAUUACAACACAUGAAGAAAAUAAAAAUCUUAUUGGAAAUUAUCAUAGUAACAGUGGCAGGAAUAAUGAUCAUUACAAAUUAGAGACAUACUCGUUAUACGGUAUCGAUUAUUUGACAUUAUCUAGUAAUUCAGAACCCUCACCAAGAGAAAGCAUAUCUACUCAACAAAUACUGUAUGGUUAUAAUGAAGGAAAUAGUAAUAAUACUAUAAUGAAAGAUUUAGUAACUGCUAAAUUGUUUAAUGAUCAACUGUGCAGUUAUUGUCGUUUUGUUCUCAAAUAUUACCUAGAAAAUUAUGGUAAUUAUCAAAAUUAUCUUGGGAAUUCAGUUCCUGAGUCAGGUAAUUUGUUAUUGCCAACCUGUUUUGAAUUAAACAAAUUUUUGACACUAUUUAGAGAUAAUUUUCUGGUAUAUUACCCAUUUAUUCAUCCAAGUCUAUUGUCUUGUGACUUUUUGUCCUUUCAAAGAUACUUGCAUGAAGAUAAUGAAUUGACUGAAGUGCAUUUGCAAUUUGAACAGAACAAUGAUAUUUUUAACAUGGCUAAAACAGUAUGCCUGCCAUUAUUAAUGGCUACAAUAGGAUCUCUUUUCCAAAAAGGUGAUCAUCAACAGACUAUAGUAUUGUAUGAGAUUAGUAAGCGCAUAUUACACGUAUUUUUGGAAUUUGAAAAAAGUCAUUAUGAGAAGAAUAAUAUCAAUGUUUUUAGUCAGAAUUCUAAAUGUACAUGGUUAAUUCAAGUAUUUAUUUUGAACAUUAUUUUUGCUCUGUUUGUAGAUGAAGUCAAGAAUAUUAGAUCAGAUGUUGUGAAAAGACAGGUGAGUGCUAUAUGUUCAAUUGUAAGAAGAAAUUAUUUAGAACUAGUUUCUAUAAAAUCUUUCUUGAUUGAUCCAUUUAUGCCACAUUUUCACGAUAUUACUUUCCAGAAUUCGUUUCAAUUCUUACUGUUUGAAGCUAAAAUAAGAUCUGUUUUGAUGCUUUAUGAAUAUUGUCAAUACUUGGAUAUUUGUUACAACAUUCGUAGUAAAUCAUUUUUGAAUGAAAAGGAUAUUGAGGAUCUUUGCAUUCCAGAAGAUGAAAGUAUUUGGGAAAGUUAUUCACCAGUGGAUCAUAGCUCAUACACCACUAUAAAUCUGGUGAAAAAAUUGCACAGUAUAUCUUUUAAGGAAUUUUAUAAUAGUUUUAGUUUUACUCAUUCUGAGUAUUAUCCAAUUCCAGCAUCCUUGGCCAAGACUAUGAUUUUUUAUGAGUUCAAACUAAGAAAAUUUUUUUCAUUCAAUAUUUUUUUAACCAGAAUUAAUACAAGAAAAUUGGAAAUGAAUAUCUCAUCAGGGCAUCUCUUAGAUAAUCUGCGUGAAUCACCAGCAACGUUUUUGGUGAAAAAUAGUUCAACAUUAAAAAAUUUUUUAAUGGUUAUGAUUUUUCUUAACGAGGUAGAUAAAGAUAUUAGUAGUAAAAUAUGGACUGGAAAUGUGGGAUUAUUAUUCAGUUCAUUUUUAGAUUCUAGAAAUUUUAAUAUGUUAACUAGCCAUUCUUAUCAUUUAUUAACAGAUUUUCUGGUUGCAUUAAAUUAUUCCAUACAGAAUAUUGCAGGGCUAUUUGUUCAAGAAGAGAGUACAGAAACUGAUAUUUUACUUGAUAGAAAAAAACUAACAAUAUUUAAUUUAGGAGGAUUCUAUUAUAACUUUUUGAUAAUUAUAAAAUUUAUCUUGGACUUCGAGUUGACGCCAAACUUCAAAUUGCUUUGUAUUUUUAUUGAUCUCAAGAACAUGGCUAAUAACUUUUUGAUUCCUCUUUUUGUUCCAUUCUUUGACUCAAAAUUCCAGAUAUUUGAUAUUACCAAGGAUAAUAUUUCGAAGAAUACAACAUAUCCUUCAAGAAAUAUAGAACACAUUGAAAAUACAAUCAACAAUAUUCUUCUUUCUUCCUUUAAUGAUACUUCUUUUCUUAAUAUGACAGAUUGGAGUCAAAAUAAUGAAUUUUUGUUUAACCCAACAGAUGAAGAGGUUGUGGAUAGAGAUUUUCUUAAAUCAAUGAAGGAAAGGCAAGAGACUUGUGCUUCUUCGGUUAAUUUAUUACACAUGUACAGUAGUACCCAUCAUGGCUCGAUGAAUAAACAAACUUUUUCAGAAAAAUACCAGUUAUCCUUAAGGUUUGUGAUUAUUGCAGAAUGUUUUUUUAAAACACUUACAGAACAUUAUCCUUAUUGUAAAUUUCUAAGAGAGAUGAUAAAUGAUUUCGAAAAUCUAGAAAAAAUUCUGAAACAAGAAAAUGAUUGGAUAAGACUUUCUAAAUUACACGUGAGUAGCAAAUAG